AAAUAGAGAGAGGGGGGGAGUGGAAAGCACAAUAAUUACAAAGUGUUGGCCUAAUCUAAUCCGAUUUUAACACACUGAGUUUUACAGACAAUAAAAACCCCUUAAUCUAGUCUAUUUUUGCAGGAAGACAGUUGCCCAGUGAGAUUGCAGAAGCAGCAGAACAUUCUCUUUCCCACCAUCCGCACCACAAACCCCAAAUUAAUUAAGAAAUCAAACCCUCUUCUUUCUGCAUAACCGUAUCUCAUCUUCUAUUUCCUUUUGCUGUUCUGGGAAUAAAUACAUGGUAGGAAGGAGGUCUGCAGCACUGGAUUCAUCGUGUAUAUAAUUGCUUCUUUCGUGAAUAACGAUUCAUAUUCCUGUAUCACAUUGUUUGUCACAGGAAUGCGGUUCUAUUGGAUACAUGGGUAAUUGAUUUUUAGAGAAUCGUAGCUAGAACUGAUGGUGUCACUAAAGGAGCUCAGUUUUUCUUUUUUGGCCUUCCUUUGUUUGCUCCCUUGUGAUUUGGCAGAUUAUCAAGGGGAGGCGCUGUACGCAUUGAAACAGUCACUGCAUGCUUCAUCCGGUCAGCUGCUAGAUUGGAACCCCAAUAUGGUUAAUCCGUGCACUUGGUCAAAUGUUAUGUGUGACUCUAGUAGCAAUGUUGUUUCUUUGACAUUGUCUUCCAUGGGACUUUCUGGAUCGAUAUCUACUAAAGUCGGCACUCUGAAGACUCUUACAACUCUGUCCCUGCAAGGAAAUCGUAUUACUGGCAAGAUUCCUCAAGAGCUAGGAAAUUUGUCAAGUCUAACAAAUCUGAAUUUAGAAAAAAACCGUUUGACUGAUGAAAUACCAUCUUCCCUCGGUAAUCUUAAAAAUCUUAAAUAUUUGACAUUGAGCCAUAACAACCUCUCGGGAACUAUCCCUGACUCGCUGGCUUCCCUUGAUAACUUAAUUAACCUCCAGCUCAGUUCAAAUCAACUCAGCGGCCAAGUUCCUCAGCAGCUCUUUCAAAUUUCCCAAUACAAUUUCUCAGGGAAUGAAUUGAGCUGCGGUGGCGAUAUUCACCAUCCUUGUGCAGCUGAUGGCAAUGGUACAGGCUCAUCAAACAAAACAAAAGUUGGAGUUAUAGUUGGAGUAGUUGGAGGUCUUGUUGGUAUACUACUGCUUGGAGGUCUGCUGUUUUUCAUGUGCAAGAGUAGAAUUACAGGAUACAGACGUGAAGUCUAUGUUGAUGUUGCAGGUGAAGUUGAUCGUACAAUUGCAUUUGGGCAGCUGAAACGAUUUUCUUACAGGGAGCUGCAGGUAGCAACAGACAACUUCAACGAGAAAAAUGUUCUUGGUCAAGGUGGUUUUGGCAAGGUUUACAAAGGUGUGCUGGGAGACAAUACAAAGGUUGCAGUGAAACGGUUAACUGACUAUGAGAGCCCUGGAGGAGAUGCAGCUUUUCAGCGUGAAGUUGAGAUGAUAAGUGUAGCUGUACAUAGGAAUCUAUUACGCUUGAUUGGGUUCUGCACUACGCCAACAGAGAGACUUCUGGUAUAUCCGUUCAUGCAAAACCUUAGCGUGGCUUAUCGUUUGCGGGAGUUGAAACCUGGAGAGGCUGUUGUAGAAUGGCCUAGAAGAAAACAAAUAGCCUUGGGAACUGCACGUGGACUAGAGUAUCUUCAUGAACAUUGCAACCCUAAGAUCAUUCAUCGUGACGUUAAGGCUGCUAAUGUGUUGUUAGAUGAAGACUUUGAAGCAGUAGUGGGUGAUUUUGGCCUAGCAAAAUUGGUAGAUGUGAGGAAAACUAAUGUGACAACCCAGGUGCGUGGGACAAUGGGGCACAUAGCACCUGAGUACUUGUCCACUGGGAAGUCAUCAGAAAGGACCGAUGUCUUUGGUUAUGGGAUUAUGCUUCUAGAACUUGUGACAGGUCAGCGGGCCAUUGAUUUUUCACGCUUGGAAGAGGAAGAUGACGUCUUGUUGCUUGAUCAUGUUAAGAAGCUGCAAAGAGAAAAGAGAUUAGACGCAAUCGUUGAUAAGAACCUGAAUAAGGUCUAUGAUAUUCAGGAAGUGGAGAUGAUGAUCCAAGUAGCAUUGUUAUGUACUCAAUCUUCACCGGAAGAACGCCCAGCAAUGUCAGAUGUGGUGCGUAUGCUUGAAGGAGAGGGGCUUGCUGCAAGAUGGGAAGAAUGGCAGAAUGUGGAAGUCACGCGCAGGCAAGAAUAUGAAAGAUUACAGAGAAGAUUUGACUGGGGUGAUGACUCGAUUCAUAAUCUGGAUGCUAUUGAAUUAUCAGGUGGGAGAUAAGGCAAAUAAUGGAGGUAUUUCUAUUGCAGAUUUACUAAAAACCGUGUGCAAUUUGUCCUUUUCCUCCCUAAUUUAAGUAGUUUAGCUUGCUAUAGUUGUCCUGUUGAAAGAAAUUAUAUGCAGAUUCUGGAAAUGUUGCAUUGGCUUUUCCUGAUUGUCUUCUGUUGUAUGUAAAUACCUGAUAUCUGUUCUUCGUCUUAGUAAUGUGUGUGAGAAUCUCAAGGAAACCUUGACUGAUAAAAUUUGAAGCAACUGUAAGAAGGGCUCUCUUAUAUUGACAAGAUUACUAAGUAGAAAUUCUCUUAUUGAAUGUUUUCAGAUUUGUAUAAUUGUUAAUGCUUCAUUGAUGCUAUAUAUCUGAAGAUCACACAGGCAAUUUCUUUA